CGCCGCGAUGAUGGUAGUAGGAGAAGUCUGCACUUACCGGCGAGCGCACUUUACUUUCGCACGAGCAACCGGCGAGUCCACAUCGUCUCUCAGUUAAAAAAACAAUAGAAACUUCCUUUGAGAAGAUAAUAAACAAAGCAACAUGAGCCUACCACGUGUGUACUUCGACAUGACCGCCGACGGCCAGUCGGUCGGCCGCAUCGUCAUGGAGCUGCGCAGCGACGUCGUGCCCAGGACCGCGGAGAACUUCCGCGCCCUCUGCACCGGCGAGAAGGGCUUCGGCUACAAGGGCAGCAGCUUCCACCGCGUCAUCCCCAACUUCAUGUGCCAGGGCGGCGACUUCACCAAUCACAACGGCACCGGCGGCAAGUCCAUCUACGGCGGCAAAUUCGACGACGAGAACUUCGACCUGAAGCACACCGGCCCCGGUGUGAUGUCGAUGGCCAACGCCGGCGCCAACACCAACGGCAGCCAGUUCUUCAUCACCACCGUGAAGACCUCGUGGCUCGACGGCAAGCACGUCGUCUUCGGCAACGUCGUCGACGGCAUGGAUGUUGUGAAGAAGCUCGAGAGCUACGGCUCGCAGAGCGGCAAGACCUCGAAGAAGAUCGUCGUCGCCGACUGCGGUCAGCUGUAAAUUAACAACAGCAACGAUUAAGCAGCAGCAACUAAGCAGCAGCAGCAACAACAACAAAACAACAACAACAACAACAUUAAAUUAACUAUUUCUAUCGUUAAAGGAAGGAUUAGUCAACUAGCUGAGAAUGCAACGAUUGUCUCGGUGUGUGUACUCGGCUAAUUGACUAAUACCUUCCAUCUAAUUGAGCUUCAAUAUCAACAACAUUUGGAGUUUGUUCAUCAUUCAUUCCUGUUUAAUUUUGAAAUUUAUAUUUCAUCACUUUUUUUUUCAAAAAAACAAAAUGUGCUUUACACAAUCGUAAACUCAAAGUUAAUUGAAAACACUUUUCCAAAACUACUGUUUUUUUUUUUUUUUACUUUUUGUAUCUUCCAACUUUUGAAAAAUGAUAACUAUGAACUACUGUGUAGUUUCAGUCAAUAAAAAUGGAUGUGUGGAAA